UCAAUGAUAGCACGCUUGUCUACAACAUUCUUAAAAAACAUGAGACAAGCAAUUUGCAUUGUCCCAGAUACCGAAAUCACCUUAAAUGAUAAAGUAUUCUAUUUUGAAUAAGUAAUACUAAACUUAAUUAUUUAGAAUAAAGUUUAAUCAAUACCUAUUAAGUAGCUUCUUAAAGAAUAUUUAUUAUUGGAAAGUGAAUAGGUUGAGGAUGCUAGUAAAGUGGAAUAGGACUCUAAAGAAAACUUAGAAUAAUAGGAAGAAUAUUCUGAUGAUGAAAAUAAUGGAGAUGAUUAGGGACCAUCUGGUGGAAGAAUGAUGCCUGUAAUUGAACUAAUUAAAGGAUUUAUUCCUAGAUAUGUUGGUGCAAUUUGAGC